GUCCAGCCAAAGAGCCGGGUUUGGUUUGGCGCCGUAGAAAUUGGAGAAUUGAGAGUCUGAGCGGGAGGGAGCUGCUAGAUAGCCGGAGAGAGGGACGAAGAUCGUAGUCGUCGGCGGCCGGAGUUUUUGAGGAAGAGAAAGAAAGAUAAAUGGGAUCCGACGCAGCAGCAGCAGCAGCAGCUACUCUUCCGGAAUGGGCAUCCACGCCUUGCAUUAUGGGGAUCGACGAAGCUGGCCGUGGCCCUGUUCUCGGUCCCAUGGUUUACGGAUGCUUGUACUGUGCUCGCUCCUACGAGAAAACUCUUUCCACCUUGAAUUUCGCUGAUUCAAAGACCUUGAAGGAAGAGAAGAGGGAGGAAUUGUUUGAAAGUCUCAAGGCUGACCAAUCAAUUGGAUGGGCUGUUGAUGUCAUUGAUCCAAGGGAGCUCUCUGCGAAAAUGCUUAGGAAGCAUAAGAUAAAUCUGAAUGAGAUAUCACAUGACUCUGCCAGUGGCCUUGUGAAGAGAGUACUCAGCAUGGGAGUCCUUUUAGCAGAGGUCUAUGUCGAUACGGUUGGAGAUCCAGAGAAAUAUAGAGUUAAACUGUCUGAAAGAUUUCCAUCCAUCAAAUUCGUUGUGGCAAAGAAGGCUGAUAGUCUCUACCCGGUUGUGAGUGGAGCCAGCAUAGCUGCCAAGGUCACUAGAGAUAGAGCUCUGCGAGAAUGGGUGCUUGAUGAAACAUGCAGAGAUAUUGGCAGGAAAUUUGGUUCUGGGUACCCUGGAGACCCGGAUACCAAAGCAUGGUUGGAGCAACACAAACACAGAGUGUUUGGCUUCCCGUCGUUAGUUCGUUUCAGUUGGGGAACAUGUAAUUCCUACUUCAAAGAUGGUGUAGAAGUCUUGUGGGAGGCUGACAGGGAUGAAGAAGAUAUUGGCAGCAGCAAUGGCAAACGACAGUUGAAGUUGAGCAACUUUGGGUUAACAACCUCCAAAAAGAAGAAGGAAGAAGAAGUUGAAUCAAGUGGCAAAGGGCGCUGCAAAUUUUUCGAGACUAGGCAACUUGAACAACUUGCUGAUUUCUAACGUUAGUUUCUUUACUGUCUUAACUCUUAAGUCUAAUGCUACACUGCUACAUUCCGAUCCCUGUGUCAUUGUAUCAUUAAAUUGAUGAACCUCCCCAAUUAGACUAGACAAUCAUGGUGGCUAAAUACAAGAGGAAAUCUCAUGUGUGUUUUCGAUCUCUGAUUGGCUACAUCAUGCAUUUGACACAGAAGGCUCUUUGAUUCAAGUCCUUUUCUCUUCAUAAUCACCAGUUGAGUUACAGCAAGACAUGCAGAGAAUUGUAUCGUUAUAUGUACAAACAGCAUCUGGGGGAAACCAAGACCAAGUCAACCAACAACAAAAUCAGCAACCUGUUAUUCUCCAAGCAUUUUCAAAGCUCACACCAAAAACUCGAGAAACUGGUUUCCUCACACAUUGUCUAAUCGAACCUGCACAGCUGCCGCAGAGUGGCCAAGGCGGUUGUAGCAGUAACAAAGGUGACAAGUCCUCUCCAGUAGAUGUUGAUGUUGCUGAAGUUGCAAGCGGAAGCUCCUCGGUGGUUGUUCUGAUGGUGAUUGUUGUUUGCUGCACCGGCUAUGAUUACAGGCACCACUGCUCCUCCUGCAGGCACAUUUCCACCACCACCGUUGUUGUCUGGUACACCACCUGACCCUCCAUUUCCGCCUGUUACAGAACCAUGGCCCCUCCCUAAUUUCUUAACGUCUGCUGCUGCUGCUGUAAAACUGUUGAGCCCAUUGAGAUGUUCAUGCGGGUUUGCCCCCAAUUUGUUAUCCAACGAGGAAUCUGUCAUCAUAACUAUGUGGUCAGUUGCAGCCAGAAUCCAGAAAACAGGUCAGUAAGCUUAAAGCGCGAAUCUUUUUUCCUAGCCAAAGGGAGUGGAGUAUCAGAUUCCACUUCAAUUAUUGUACAAGCACAGCCAAUCACCAUAUACCACUGCUGUCCCCUCUCAUCGUAUGACAGCAAUGAACUGGAAAGUUGAGCCGUGGCUGUUGACGGUUUGCUAGGUCUUUUCUGACGCUUGGACAAAGGCUGUUGUUAGUGUUUUGCUAAAAAUAGACAAGCUUGAGAUGAGGCCAAAAAGAGAGAAGAAAUAACAAGGAAAAGUGGGAAUACAGAUUUCAUCUCAAGAGUCUUCCCAGUUACCAGGUAAAGUAAGAGGGCAUAGAGGAGGAAACAGAAGGAAAUGUUACCUGAUGACCAGUGGGUUGGAGAUGAUGAUGAUGAUGAUGAUGAUGAAGAAGAAGAAGAAGAGGAUGGAAGCAGAAAGAUGGAGGAAAAAUAUGUGAUGAGGAGGAGCACUGAUCUCAUCCUUUAUUUGGAAAUCCCAGUUGAUCUUUUUCUCUUUUUCUCUCUCACAACUCUGCUAGUUUCUGCUGCCUAAUGAUAGCAGCAGUAGUGGUGCACACUGCACUAGUGCUGCAUAUUAAGAAUUCUUCCCUAUAUUUGUACUAGACUACUCACUCACACAAUUGGCCCAAUCCUCUUCCUUCCAUUUAUUCUUCUGUAGUAUACCUCAGUGAGUGGGUGGACGUCUAGGUAUCGGGGAAAGUUAAUCUGCUAACUUGAAAA